AGUUCCACGGAUAUCCCUUCCUAGACACAAGCGUUGAGGAUCAACUCGGAGUUUGCGUCGAUGUCUUCCCCAAUACCACCCACUCCGCGUAGGGGAUUCUGGAUGAAUAACAUCCGACGCAACGACUGUCCUGAAUCGGAAGUCGCGGAAUCAACGCUCAAUCCUCCACCCAUGGUCUCCCCGAUGCCCCCCACUCCCUCUCCGCUGGCGGCCAGAGUUCUCUGUCCGAUCCCCAGAGAGUCCGCGAGGUCGCCAUCGUCGGCUCUGAGAUCGAAAGUCCUCUGCUCGACGCCAUAUCGUUCGAAUAAGCCCACGCGGAAAACAGCGCCGAAUCGGAGGGCUUCACCAUUCCCACUGCUCAUCCCGACGGAACUCACGUUGAGCAUCAUUAGGGAGAGUCCGCUCACCGCCGUAGAGGAGCUCACGUGUGGAGACCACGUCGAAGGCAAGGAGGAUUCCAUGAGCAGCAGUACGCGACCGGCGGAGGAGUCAGCAACGAUCACGGAACGACAGUGCGUAGCUUUCGGAACGCCAAGAGGAACGUCUGUUGCUACUACCGCGGCCGCCACCGUCACAGCCGGUGUCGCUACCAUUCAAGAAAUCCCAGAGUCGAUACAAAACACAAUGGGAGCUUGCGCGAGCAGAAAAUCGUCAAGCACUUCCGAGAAAAACGGCGAAAAAUCUCCACCAUCGGCAAAACCGGGGAAGCCUCUCAAAACAGCUCAUCCCCCAGCAGUCAAUGACGAUGCCAUGGACGCGAACGACGCCAUCGACGAAGACGAUCCCGCACAUUCAACUAAGUUCAAACUCAAAAGGGACUCCAUUGCUGUGACUAAAGUCCGCUUGAUGAAAACGCAAGUUCAUCAGGAAACAACGAUCGGCGAAGAGGAGGAGGCCGAAGAACAAGAGCGAGAUGAUUCGGGGAGAGGAGAAGAUCACGUGCAUUUCGACAAUCACGUCAGCAAACAGAGUAUCCCCAACGACUCCGGAGUGUCUCUAAACAGUUGCCCCGACAACGAUCUCGAGAGUCUUUGCCAAGAGGAUCGCGAACGGUCGAAUGAGGAUUUCAGCUCGAUCAAGUUCGAUGGAACGCUCGAUUGUGACUCGACAAGUGAGAUCUCUCUCGCCAGUAACGUAACCCUGAGGUCCUUGAGGAGAGAGAAGGUCGUCGACGACGAGAACAGAUCCUUCGACUUCAAGGCACUUCGCCAGCGAACCGAACAGCUCAUAGAAGACCAAAGGGAACCGAAUACUAAAGACCUUUCAAGAACUAAUUCGAUCCAGCGAUGGUAGUGUGCUCGCUGAUCGAAAACCCGGUCAGUCAUUCCUGAUCUGCAAAGAGAAAAACGAGCGAGCCGACUCGCAGCAUUACGCUCGGUUCCUCACCGACCCUGUCCUUCGGACCCCUUCGAUCGACAGGCAGCCACUCCGGCGAACUUCCGGUGGAUCCUGAAUUUUACUCAAUAUAUUCUCGCACGAGACAUUUUUUUACUAUCAUCGAGUCUGCUUGCAGUACUACGCUGCUCGUCGAAGACUUGAACAGUUGUACGGAACUCGAAGAUCACCUGUCGAACUGGUCCGUUUGACCGGGCGUGCAUACUCUUAUGCCAUGGAGUCAUCGGAUCUCCGCGACGACGCAUAUACCAGUUGAGCAUAGGCUUUUGCGAAACUGAACUUACUAAUUUAUAUAAAUGUCUGAACCCAAAAUAAAUCGAAAGCCCAUUA